GAAUUCUUGACUACGCAUACGCGCAAUCAUCGCCAGUUUAAUCGGGGUAGCAAAUCUGCCGGCCACUAAGCUCUUUUGGGCCCCUCGUCUUCUCAUUCUUGGUCUCUGAUGGGUUUUCAGAUAUCAAGAUAAAUGUAAUUAAGUGCUGGGCUGCUAUAAAUCAUGCGCGGGAGUCCUCAAAAGCCGUGAUGAUGUGCUUAUAUUCCCGCCUGUGCUAUAAUAUGGUGUUUUUCUUCUUCUUAGUGGAGCUCUGGUUCAUCAAUUUGCUUGUUUGGGAUGGAUUGUCGUUUAAGGAUCAUUCUGUGCUUUGUCAUACUGACCUGGUUGAAGCAGGGUGCUUGUUAUAAGCAGAAGGGAACUUACAAUGGGUGGAGCUAUGCCUAUGCUACUCCCAAUGCACCAGCAGACGACUCUGAUACUAUUGCGGGAGCAUGUGGAUAUGGAAAUGUGCAGAGGCGGAGCUAUGGAAGCAACACAGCAGCAGUGAGCACAGCCCUGUUUAACAACGGCCUUACCUGCGGAGCAUGCUUCCAGAUCCGCUGUGUGGAUGACCCACAGUGGUGUCUGACAGGCAGUCCAUCGGUGGUCAUAACGACCACCAAUUUCUGCCCGCCAAACUAUGCCCUGCCGGGCGACAAUGGUGGGUGGUGCAACCCACCACGCCACCACUUCGAGAUAGCACCACUUGCUUUUGAGCGCAUUGCCUUUUGGAAGGCUGGCAUUGUACCCAUCCAAUAUAAAAGAGUAAAAUGCCAGAGAGAAGGCGGACUGCACUUUACUAUUGAGGGGACUUACUUUUUCUUCUUGGUGGUGGUUACAAAUGUGGGAUCAGCAGGGGAUGUGGUGGGAGUGAGUGUGAAGGGGUCAAGAACAGGGGGGUGGGUGGCAAUGAGCAGGAAUUGGGGCCAGAUCUGGCACAGCAACAUUAAUCUGAUUGGCCAGUCUCUUUCAUUUGAGGUCACCACCAGUGAUGGCCGACGCCUCACUUCCUAUGCUGUAGCUCCUCCUCAAUGGCAGUUUGGCCAGACUUUUCAAGGAAGACAAUUUCUAUAACAACUAUUGAAAAAAUAUAUAUAUACAGGCUACGAUUCCACAUCACAAUGUAAAUUUAUAUACAAGGUAUAUGCUUUGGAUGCUUCCAAUUGCAGUAGUCACUCAAAUUCCUCAUUUGUCUUUCUGUUUACGUUUCGUUUCUGGAAAGAUUGAAAGUUAAUGAUGUGGGUACGACAUUACCCAAAUCCAAAGCCAUAUGAUUGACAUGAAGUUUCUGUGUGCACUUUUAAAUAUGAGAGGCAAUUGCUGUACAAUACCAAUUAUAUAGUGAGUCAUAUUAUCCAUAUGUGAUGCAAUAUCAAUUAAGUUUAUGAGUUGAUUGAGUUUUAAGUUUCCAUAAAUAUGGAAAAUUCAAA